ACGGAACAGCAAAAAUCGAAUAUGGCUGCCGUGGUAUUGAAAAUUUUUGCAGCAUUCGUGGUUUUCGGUUUUAUUUGUGCGCAAAACGUAGCAAAACAACAAGUUUAACACCGUGGUUUUGUUCAGAACAAAACGGUACGUUCGGUGGUGCAUAAAUUGCUGUCCGAGAAACGUUGACAAACGGUGAAAAGUUGAAAAUAAUCUGUUACUUUUCGUGGUCAAUCGUGAUCCUCGCUCACUGCGAAUCAUCCGUCAGUUCAUCGGUCGGAAGACAGCAACACGGAACGAAGGAGAAAGAUUCGCGUGGCCGCAUCCGGAAUAGCGAAAAGCAUCGGUCGACUGGUUAAUAGAUUAUCACUCCAACCUAUCGGAACUGACUAACCACAAAUGGUUCUUUCGAAGAGUCCCUUGCCGUAAAAGGGUUUGUGUUUGAAGCGAAAAAAAAGGUGAAUCGCGGAAAGGAGCAAGUUAAAACGUCAACGAGUCGACAAAAGAGUAGCAGUCUGCAGUUCCAAGUGUUUUGCUCGAUUUCUCCAGCGGAAUCGCCGCAGAUUGUAUAUAUUGACAAGGGGAAUAGGCUGAUCAUUCGUCGGGGGAGUUUGCUAAUUGCGUGCAAAUAUUGAGUUGCAGCUACAUCGCACUGCCGUGGAGAAGCAAGAAGCACAAGGAAAGCAGGCCAAAUCUGCUGCCGUGCUGUCGAAAAAGCAAGGAAAUAUGCGCGAUGAACGGAAGAAAAUUCCGCUGAAAAGUGUGUGAGAAAAAGAACCACAGUUCAAAGGAAGGAAGGAAGCAAGCAAGACGAGAGAUACCAAAAAAAAAGAUCGCCUCGAGCAAAAGUGUGGAAGAGCGAAAGGGAGCGAACAAAAUUUUGACAGUUCUCAAAGUGUGACUGUGUGCGUGUUGGAGGGCAGCGUGCGAUAACAACAAAAACAAAACGUAGGAAGAGAGCCGGAGCGGAUUGUGUGUUUCGAUUUUUCCGUUGUUUUUUUUUCCUCUGCGGUGCCGUUUCGGAUGUUCUCUGCGGUGAAUCGGUGUGAUUUUUCUAGCGAUAAGUGAUUUCUGGCCGAAAUCUGCAAUCUGUAAAUAAUAUAAAAAGCUAGUCGUAUUGUUCGCGAGUGGUCAGAGGCAGUUUCGGUGUUGCAAAAGGAAAUUGAGUGCAAAGUGCGCGUCCUUCGUGGUGUGAUCGUGAGUGAUUGUAUUUCUGUCUCGGUGGUGCAGCAGUAGUGCGUGGCUGCCAGUGAGUGUGUGUACGUGUAAGCGCUCACGCGCAAGUGUUUCAUUUGUAUCCAACGGUUCCAGCAAAAGCAGUAAAAAUUCCGAGAAGCAAGAAGAAAGUGAUGGCCGAAAAUUCGGUUGGCAACAGUUUACCACCGUCACAGCACCAUCAUAAGACAGCGGGUGGAGGGGCCAGUAGUUUGCUGCAUCAUAACAAGUCACUAGAAAUGACGGCAGGUGGUGGAAGCGGCGCAACGGCAGGUUCCGUUACAGGGAAAGCCGCUAGCACCGGGGGAAAGCAUGCUAAUGUCAUACAUCGAACAACGAGCGAAAGUUUACGGUUAGGUGGUCCCGGAUCUGCAGGCGGUGGUGGUGGAGGUGGAGGAGGUGGUAGUGAGAAUUCUUCCAGUAGCGCCGUUCCGCCGUCAACGCUGAUGAAUUCGUCUUCUUCGAUCAACAGUAUCUCGCGGAAAGGUGGCAUUGGUGGAGCUGCUGCCGCCGCCGCUGCUGCUGCUGCUGCGGCUGCAGGAAAAACAUCAUCAUUCAUGAUUACAUCUGUCACGGUUGGCGCUCGGACCAGUGCCGAUAAUGGCGAUGACUCAGCCGAUGAUCUUGACGAGUCCCAUACGGACGACAACAGCCGGAUAACGGAUUUCGAGAACGAAACCCCUUCGUUCUCGGAGGACACAUUCAGCAAGGAGGAUGUGUUCUUCGCUUCGAACGCCAUCGGUAGUGUUCCGGUCAUUCCGACUAGCUCUCAGUACGGGCUGGCAAUCGUAGCUCCGUCGGAUCGUGCCCAUGGGGCGGAAGCUCUUGCAGACGCAAUGCAUGUUAGCGUCACAGACGCCGGUAUCAAUAUAAUGGGUCACGGAAAGGAUGAUGGGAAGGAGCUACACCAUAGGAAUGAACGUUUCAAGGUGGUAAAAAUUGAAAGUACUGAACCGUUUAAACGUGGUCGUUGGGUAUGUAUGGAUUAUCUUGAUCAUACCACACUUCAAGCGUCUCCAAAAGAGGGUGGAGUUGGUCCGGUUGGUUCGGGAGAACCGGAAACAUCGACUGUUUCGACGAUUGCAGAUUCAAAUGCUAUUCGAACCCAAGACAGCGGCGUAGUGCUCAAUGAUAACUACGCUGCCACAACGGCACCAACUACGACCACUUCGGAUGGCGAGAAUCCUGACUAUCACACUCAUCUAGCUGCCAGUGUCCCGACUAAUCCAAUCAUAGGUCUACUAAAUAAUGAAUCUCCUGGUCAAAGUCUUAAUCUGGCCCAACCGAACAUCGGAAACGCCAGUGGUGGGGGUGGUGGCGGUGUUCCGGUUGCUCAAUCUCUGCCAGCUAGUCAUAUCCCACCGGUCGGAGUGCCUCAUAGUAUGCCACAGUCACAGCUUCAAAAUGCGCUUGCUGGCAGCGGAGCCAUGGCAGGUAGUCAACAAACACAACCAGCUCCAGCGGCGGCUCAUCCACAAGGACAAACCCAGUACUAUCCUCACACGAUGUCCAAUAUGGCUGACAUUACGCAGCAACAGCAGCCACCGCAACAGCAGCAGCAGCAACAACUCCAUCAACAUGGCGUCACUUUGCCGACAAACAUUCAAAUGCAACCGCAACCACAACAACAACAGACCAACAAUCCUGCUUCCGUGUCUACAAACGUUCUUCCGUCGGUUGGAGCGGUUCCAACCUCAUCACAGGAAAUGAACAUCGUCAUUAGUAAUGCUCAGCAUCAUCAGCAGCCAACGAGCUUCCCUUCUCCUCAGCAAUUCCAUCAACCGCAGCCAUCUCAAACAAACUCGCCUGUCGUGGCCAGUAUCGGUGAGCAGGUUGCCUCGGAAGCUACCAUCCUGUCACCAUCAUCUUCCAUGACUGGCAACGGAACGGCUCCGCCGGUCCCGACAACCUCAAACGCACCACCUCAACCGUCACCGGAUACAGUAAGUUCUGUACCCGCUAGCACGACGGAGCCUCUGGUAGCUUCCUCUUCGUCGACCACUUCGUCCCCAGUAACGUCCACUGCUACCGGUGGAAACGGUGACAAUGGUUCCACGCCAACAUCGGCCACUGCUCCGACCGUUCCGGUCAGCUCUCCCUCGAUGUCGACCGCCCCGAUCGCGGCAACUACUACCAACAGCAACAGCAGUAUCAGCAGCCAGCAUGCUUCCAUAGCAGCUGCAGCCGCUGCCGCUGCGGCCACCGCCGCCAGUGAUCAUCUGACGGAAUCGAACCUGCUAUCGGCCGUCGCCGGUGUCACGGCUGCGGCUGUUGCAGCUGCGGGCGCUGAGGAUGCCGAAAAGUCUGGUGAAGAUGGCGAAAGCUUCAACCCAACACAUCCGGUAGCGAUGGAACCGGCCGGACUGGACGUCCCCGAUGCAGGCCGCAGCUAUGAACCGUCGUCGAGAGGCGGCGGCCCGAUUUCACUUUCAUCAUCGACCAGUAGUCUUCAGCAAAACCUACAGCAAAACAUACCAGUAGAUCGGACUAAAACCCCCAGUAGUAGUGCCAGUAGAUUUAAUUCCAGAAGUAACAUCUAUACCGAUAUCGCUCUUGGUAAAUCUAUUCAAAAUUUGAUGCGACCUUCGGCGCCUGAAAGCGUCCGCUACCCCAUGAAUCCUUUUUCGCCGACGGAACACCAGGGAGACCCUUUUUGCCGUGCGGCUUGCAAUUUCAUAAACGAUAGCAACGGUAGUAACACUAUUGCCACGUGCACUGUACAGUAUCCCCACAAAUGUGUUCAAGAUUUGAUCAAGGAGGAGCUCGGUGUUGGUUCGCUGCGUGGUCCCGGAUUCGGUAGUCUUAGCAAUACUGGCAGCCUGGUGAACAUUCACAUCGAGUCGGAGUUGCAACAUCACGGUACCGGGGGCGGCGAAUACCAGUCGCACCCGGGCUCGGGACGUUCCAGUCCGGCCCUGCAGAUGUUCCAUCAUGAUUCACCCCCGAAGCUGCUGAGCGCAAUUGGCCACUCCAUUAGUAUACCGAGCAGUGCCCGGGUUAGCCGAGCUCCGUCCCCUUCGUUCCUGGCACCGGCCGGCGGAGAGCACUCAAGUGCAUCUGGAACGAGUGCAGUUGCAAUUGACAACAAGAUCGAGCAAGCUAUGGAUCUGGUCAAAUCGCACCUGAUGUUUGCCGUCCGCGAGGAGGUCGAAGUGCUGAAGGAAAAAAUCUCCGAACUGAUGGACCGCAUCAACCAGCUCGAGUACGAGAACAACAUCCUGAAGGCGAACGCAUCGCAGGAAACGCUCUCCCAGCUCACAACCAACGGUGGCAACGGCACCUCUACGGCGGUGGCAGCCGUAGCAGCAGCGGUGGCAGCGUCAGCAGCUUCAGCGCCCACGCCAGCAUCCAAAGGGCCGCCGCCGGCCAACCCCAAUUCGAAUGGUUCUGUUUCCUAGAUAUUCCGCACGUUGUUGCACUACUCGCUACUAGCUGCUUACUAUGAUAGUACUAGGAGAGGUAACAAUAACUAUUACUCGCUGCUGCGGCGGAGCGACGAGCGGUUACGGUGUGCUGGUGGUGCAGGGGUUGACGGCGGUGACGACGAGCCUGGCCGAGACUGGUCGGCUCAUCCGACGACCAAUGACGACACCGGCAGCAGCGACAGCAGCAACAACCCGAACCGGACAGUCGCUCCAGACGCCGCUCGAAAGCACUCUGCAGACGAAGACGCGCCGUCGGGCGCUCAGAGAUAAACUAGCAACCUAACAGAAUAAGCGCGAAAUUUAACAGUAUCAAUUCAAAAUGUUAGUUGCUAGGAUUUACUACGUUGAGGUAAGAAGCUUCAUUCAUUCUCAAACAAAUUUCUAAUAAGCUAGACAUUUUAGAGAGAAAACAGAUGAGUCAGUUGAUACAGUGUUAAGGGACGCAAAAAAAAGAUAACCACUUGCAGUUUACUGUUUCGAUGCUAGCUAGCUUUUGCGAAUUAAGAAAAGAAUCGAUGAACAACAACAACCUUCGAGGAUGUAGUUUCAAAUACAGACACGCACGCUACGGAAAAGAUUGUUUUAUCACAUGAUGUUUUUGUUUUCUGCGGGAAGCUUAACUCUCCUGCCCCAUUAAUCACACUAGAUGAGGAUAGAUAGAAUGUCGGUGCCAAGGAUCUAUAUGCCUGAUUGAAAGUGAAUGCAGAAGGAAUCUAUCAGAACGUUAUACCAUUCUGAAAAAUUGAUCGACAUUGGUUUCAAAUUAAUAUUUCGUAUUUUCUCCAUCGCAUUAUAUUGAUGGAGACGCCUCGUUUUUUAUGAGUAGUUUUCAUGCUCUAACCAUAAUUUAUCGGAAGAGAAUGUGAAUUAUUCGACUAUUUUUAUCUAUAAUUUUUUUCAAAAUAUGUUAGGGCAUUGACUGGGAGUGAUAUUUAACUUUACUUCCACAACUCCGAUCAUUUUAUUUCUUCACCAAGAAAAAACAACUUUUUCUAGUAUUCAAUUCACAAAGUUCAAAUAAAUUGGUAACGGGUUGCGACAUUAAAAAUGUAAACAUUUUUAUCCUAGACGUUUAAUAGAAAUUGAAAAGUUUAUUAGAAAGGACAGUUCGACUGGAAGAGUUGAUCAUCUUUCGGCCUCUGAGGAUCCAAUACGACAUGCAAUAAACUUGGCAAAUAUGCCGUUUUGAUUUAGUGAUCGAGAUGCUGCCCAGUUCAUUCCUACAUCGGAUGAAGAAACGGGCAAAGCCAAACCGUCUCUUUUCAAUUGGUGUAGAUUUAAUAGGUUGCGUGCUAAACAUAUGCCAAAACAUGGUUCAGAACCAUGCUCAUCGAUUCAUCUUUCGGUAAAACGAAAUACUGCAAAAGGACCCUUUUGUUGCACUAAACGCCACAACCAACACUAGACAUUAACAAAUCUUGCUUCGUUCUCUAGGAUUGAUUGCUAGUUAGAGGAAAUCCAAACCCGAAAUGUGAUUUUAACUGUACAUACUAACGCGUAAGACAGAUUAUCCGAGAGAUUGCUAGCCGGCACUAUUACAGUGUGCGGACAUUGGUUUUGAUUAUGUGAUUUGACAGCGCAUUCGAAGAGCUUGUGUAGGUAUCUUUUUUCCUUCGUUCUCGUAAACUAUAACCAAGUGAGAUUUAGCCUCCGACGGGGGCAUUCCUGUACGAGCAAUUGUAAGACCACGUGUGCUAAUAAUACUGAAUGAACGCGACUAGGACGAAUCGUAGGAGCAAACUGUACAUAUUUAGUAAUAGAACGAGAAUGAGUGAAGCGAGAACGCCCGAAUGAAACAAGCGGAACGAUAAGUAAAAGAUGCCGAUAAGCAGAAGCAGCCGGCGCAGGGACUGUAGCUGAGCUCCGUUCACCCACCCGCUCAAGAAGGACCGCCCCAGUUCAGGUUUGAAACUCGAUGAAACGGGAACUGGGAUGGGAUGUUGUUGGCUCGGGUGGAACGGGUACAACCAGAACGGGGUCCCGUGCGGCAACAGAUAAUCAGGGAAAGCUAGUUGUUUGAAUUUGAUCUGAUGGAGCCAAUGAGCAGGCACUAAUGAUAGAUUGAUUUACUAUUAGAAAUCGAGCGCAUGUGACUGAUUUGAGUGUGACUGCGAGAUCUAUCCAGAAAAUGGAACGUGAUGUGCUUAGCUUUUAAGAGGAACUGUUGAUAGGCUGUAAGGAAUACAUUGUUUAUUUCUUUUGUAGGAUCUUUGUUCAACUUUUUCCUAGCUAAAAAUGCAAUUAUUUAGUCACUAUUUAUUAUUUUGUAUAUUGGUUAACCAAAAAGGAAAUAUUGCAUGAAAGGAACGCGAUAGUAAAUUGCAGUGAUACACUGUGUUCGAGGAAUGAUGAUCACGGAAAAGCAAGAAAUCAAUAAUAUUGUACAAUAUUGAGAAAUUAAUCAAUAAUUAAAAUAAAGCUGCAAAGCAAAAAAUGAGCGAAAUUUGUCGUAUGAGGUGAAAUACGACCCAGAAAAGAUGUUAAUAAUAUAGUCACCAUAAAAUAUGAUAAUUAAAAAUUUA